GCGCGGCCGGGCGCGAGUCGGUCCGCCCUUGGGCCGCACGGCCCUCAGCCCCGCCCUGUGUGCCGGGGCCGGACGCGCGGGCUCUGUGAUCCGCGCCGCGGGCCUCUGCGGCCGCCCCGCCCAGUCCCCGCCGACGCCCGCUCUGUGGGUCGGUCAGUCAGUCAGUCACGGAGCGCGCGCCGCGGGAGCUGCGGGCGCUCUCGGCGUUUGGGAGAGGAGCGUCGCGCCUGGGGAGGCGGCGGCGACCCGAGGGCGCGAGCAGCUGCUGCCUCGCGCGGGGCCCCGGGAGGGCCGAGGGGCUGCCACGAUGGAGCAAUUAUCAGAUGAAGAAAUUGACCAUGGUGCGGAAGAAGACAGUGACAAGGAAGAUCAGGACCUGGAUAAAAUGUUUGGAGCCUGGCUUGGGGAACUGGACAAACUUACUCAGAGUUUGGAUUCUGACAAGCCCAAAGAACCAGUGAAAAGAUCUCCUCUUCGCCAAGAAACAAAUAUGGCCAACUUUUCUUACCGUUUCUCCAUAUACAACUUGAAUGAAGCUCUGAAUCAGGGAGAGACUGUGGAUCUGGAUGCCCUGAUGGCCGAUCUCUGCUCCAUAGAGCAGGAGCUCAGCAGUAUUGGCUCAGGAAAUAGUAAGCGUCAAGUCACAGAACCAAAAGUUACUCAGAAGCAACCUGUUAGCCGACAGACAUCAAAACAUGGCACCCUGAGAGGAUUAUCAUCUUCCUCUAAUAGAACAACUAAACCUUCCUCAGCUAACUACUCCCUGGAUGACAUCACUGCACAAUUAGAACAGGCUUCCUUGAGCAUGGAUGAGGCUGCUCAGCAAUCUGUAGUAGAAGAUUCUAAGCCUUUAGUGACGAAUCAGCACAGAAGGACUGCAUCAGCUGGCACCGUGAGUGACGCUGAAGUACGCUCUAUUAGCAAUUCCUCCCGUUCGAGCAUCACUUCUGCAGCUUCUAGCAUGGAUUCUUUGGAUAUUGACAAAGUAAUACGCCCUCAAGAACUGGAUUUGACAACACAUCAGGGGCAGCCAAUUACUGAGCAUGCUAUUUCUCAGAGAUGUCCCAGUAAGCAGGCCAAGCACCACUCUGACGUCACAGAAGAGCAGGCUGAACUGACACCUCACUCCUAUCUGGACAGGGAAACCUCCCUUCUUCUGAGAAACAUUGCAGGAAAACCUUCUCAUUUGCUGACCAAGGAAGAACAAGCAGCAAAACUGAAAGCUGAGAAGAUCAGAGUUGCCCUGGAGAAAAUUAAAGAGGCCCAAGUGAAAAAGCUGGUGAUCAGGGUUCACAUGUCAGAUGACAGUUCCAAAACAAUGAUGGUGGAUGAGAGACAAACGGUGAGACAAGUGCUGGACAACCUGAUGGACAAAUCUCACUGUGGCUACAGUUUAGACUGGUCGCUGGUGGAGACCAUUUCUGAGUUACAAAUGGAGAGAAUCUUUGAAGACCAUGAAAACUUGGUUGAAAAUCUUCUUAAUUGGACAAGAGAUAGCCAAAACAAGCUUAUAUUUAUGGAGCGUAUAGAAAAAUAUGCACUUUUUAAAAACCCACAGAAUUAUCUUCUUGGGAAAAAGGAAACAGUUGAGAUGGCAGACAGAAACAAAGAAGUGCUGUUAGAGGAAUGUUUUUGUGGAAGUUCUGUAACUGUCCCAGAAAUUGAAGGAGUCCUUUGGCUAAAAGACGAUGGCAAGAAGUCCUGGAAAAAGCGUUACUUUCUCUUGCGAGCAUCUGGCAUCUACUAUGUCCCUAAAGGAAAAGCAAAGGUAUCUCGGGACCUGGUAUGCUUUCUCCAGCUGGAUCAUGUAAAUGUGUACUAUGGGCAGGACUAUCGGAGCAAAUAUAAAGCACCCACAGACUGUUGUCUGGCAUUAAAGCACCCACAGAUCCAGAAGAAGUCUCAGUAUAUCAAGUAUCUUUGCUGUGAUGAUGUCAGGACACUGCAUCAAUGGGUUAAUGGAAUCCGAAUCGCAAAGUAUGGGAAACAGCUCUACACAAAUUACCAAGAAGCCUUGAAAAGGACAGAGUCUGCUUAUGAUUGGACUUCUUUAUCCAGCUCCAGCAUUAAAUCUGGAUCCAGCUCUUCCAGCAUCCCAGAAUCUCAGUCAAAUCACUCUAACCAGUCUGACAGUGGAGUGUCCGACACCCUGCCCACAGGACACAUCCGUUCCCAAAGCACUGUGAGCUCCAUCUUCUCAGAAGCCUGGAAGCGAGGCACUCAGUUGGAAGAGUCUAACAAGGCCAGAAUGGAAUCUAUGAAUCGGUCCUACACUUCACUUAUGCCCCCUCUGUCCCCUCAAACUAAGAUCGUCACCCCUUAUACUGCCUCACAACCGUCACCCCCUCUGCCUCCUCCUCCACCGCCACCUCCUCCUCCGCCGCCUCCACCUCCCCCCCCUCCUCCUCUCCCUAGCCAGUCUGCUGCACCUUCUGCAGGCUCAUCAGCCACCAUGUUUGUCAAAUACAGCACAAUCACCAGGCUGCAAAAUGCAGCUCAGCAUUCAGGACCCCUGUUUAAGUCUCCACCAACCCCAGGGAUGCAACCUCUGCCUCUGGCUUCACAGUCCCUCAAGGCUCAAAUUGUGGUGCCACCCAAUGGAGUUAUUCCUCCACCCCCUCCUCCCCCACCACCCCCGACCCCUGGUUCAGCCAUGGCCCAGUUAAAGCCAGUGCCAUGUGCCCCAUCCCUGCCACAGUUCAGCCCCCAACCUCCUCCCCUAAAGAUUCAUCAAGUUCAGCACGUUCCUCAGGUGGCCCCUCCCACACCACCACCAGCUCCUCCCAUCCCUGCAACUGUCCCUCCUCAAGCACCCCCUAAACCCCUGGUGACCAUUCCUCCUUCAGCUAGCACCAGAAUGGUGCCACCAAUAGUGACACAAGCUGUACCACCCACCCCUGUACCCCCAGUGCCCCCAGCAAAGAAACAGCCAACUUUCCCCAUUUCUCACACUCCACCCUCUCCCCCUGUCCAGCCCGCCCCAUGUCCCCCACCGACACUGCCCAAGCAGCAGAGCUUUACGGUGAAGCCAACGCCCCCUCCACUGUCCCCUGUGCCCUCAGUUGUGAAGCAGAUAGCCAGUCAAUUUCCACCCCCUCCCACUCCUCCUCCUGUGGACUCACAGCCCCUAAAGCCCCUCCCAGCAAGUGUCACCCCACAGUCCCCUCCUGCAGUGAAAGCCAAACCCAAAUGGCAGCCCAGCUCAAUCCCUGUCCCUUCCCCAGAUUUCCCUCCUCCCCCUCCAGAGAGCAGCCUGGUGUUUCCUCCUCCACCUCCUCCAACCCCACCACCACCACCAGUGCCACCGGUGACUUCACCUAUCCCUGACAAAGGUGGAUCUCCAGGCAAAAAGCCAAGUAAGAUGUCCAGCCCUGGGGGGAAGAAACCACCCCCAACCCCACAGCGCAACUCCAGCAUUAAGUCGGGCAGUUGUGCAGAUCACCCUGAGCCCAAGCGACCCUCGGUAGACAGUCUAGUCAGCAAAUUUGCACCACCAGCAGAGUCAGGGUCUCCCAACAAGGAGACCCCACCACCUCCUGCAGCACCCCCCAAACCUGGGAAACUACACCUUUCUGGAGUCAACCUCCCUGGGAUCCACCAGCAAGGGAGUGUGUCUACAAAACCCUCUGUUGUGAGUGGGCGCGCAAAGGACUCCGUAGUAGAAUUUCCAUCUCCUCCAUCCGAUUCUGACUUUCCACCUCCUCCACCUGAAAUCGAGCUGCCUCUGCCCCCUAUUGAGAUUCCGGCCAUAUUCUCGGGAAAUACCUCCCCCAAAGUGGCAGUUGUGAAUCCUCAGCCACAGCUAUGGUCUAAAACAUCAGUGAAGAAGGCCCCUCCACCUACCCGGCCCAAACGAAACGACAGCACUCGCCUCACUCAAUCAGAGGUCUCUGAGCAAUCAGCGAUGACCACAGUUGUGCCACAAGUGCCCACCUCUCCCAAAUCCAGCCUUAGUGUCCAGCCUGGAUUCCUAGCUGAUCUCAACAGGACACUGCAGCGCAAGUCUAUCACACGGCAUGGCUCCCUCUCCUCACGAAUGUCCAGAGCAGAGCCCACAGCCACCAUGGACGACAUGGCACUACCCCCACCACCACCGGAACUGCUGUCUGACCAGCAAAAGGCGGGCUUUGGAGGUAGUCAUAUUUCAGGCUAUGCAACAUUGAGAAGAGGACCUCCCCCCACUCCCCCCAAAAGAGACCAGAAUACUAAGCUCUCAAGAGAUUGGUAGCCACAGGAUUUAUUUUCAUGCUAUCUAUAAUCAGUUCUGCAAUCAGUUUACCUGAUCAUCUGUGAACCCAGGUGUUCAGAGCCUCCUGAUAUGUUAUUCAGGUAGUGUCCAGCUAUGUGUAUGUUUGUAUUUGUGCUGCGUGUGUACAUGCAUGUACACACAGCUAUACAGAUUGUGUGUAUAUACAUAUGUAUACAUCUGUGAAUGUGUAUAUAUAGAGAACUGAUUCUAUUUAUUCCUUUUGCCUCCUAAUCUGAAAAUAGGGUUUUGUAUAUUUUGAGUGAUAGGAGACAUAGGAGGGGAUAUGUUGUCACUUAUAAUUUGUUUAUCGUAUGGAUUGGACCAAAAUCUAGAAGGUAUUUCAUAAGUGUCUGUCCAGGUGCCGCCUAUUUGUGCAUGUGUUAUAGAAGUAGAUGGACAGUUUCUCAGUUUGAAGCAUAUCAUCAGAAUGUUUGGUAUAUCUGUAGGGCUUUUUUAUUUUUUCCCAGUUGGCUGAAUUUAGAACUGCUUGACUAAAACACUUAAAUACUACAUAUAAAGGGGCACUUUAAGUCAGGAAAAUCUUCAUUGUAUAGAACGGGUAAACAGUGCAGGAAGGGGAAAUCCUGAAGGCACUGUGGUUGUACAUAGGAAAGUUACAGCUGUUCUAGUUGCAGUAGUCCUGCCAUGACCUCAGCCACAUCUGAGAUGUCUUCACAGGUAAGCUUUUUGCCUACAACACAAGAAAUACCUAAUGCUAUAGUCCUGGCUACUUUCAUUACUGUCUUGUGAAGCUUCAUCAACUUGGCUUCAGGAAGUCUUGCUUUAUCUUGAGAAUGUCCAGUGCACACUGCAAUGUACUGCCCCAGUUAUGUCUUUGGGUCACAGUUACCUUUGCAUAUAGUGGGUACAUUAGUAGAUGUUUGAAGCGUGGAUAGUCCAAUACAAAAUAUACUCCCUACGCCCAAUGCAGCACAUCAUUAAAAACAAAAUCGACUUCUGCGAUGCCUUCUUUCCAAGUUGUUCUCUACAAGAUAAGAAAAGACAGAACCUGCCCCUGUACAGGUAUCAUUUGUCAGGUUGUAAUGCAAAGAAUCCAUGUGGGAUGGGACUCAUGAGCAAAAUGAGUUUUCAUCAUUUCAUCCAUAGCUACUGGAGCUAAGAUCUUUGCUGUUUACAGCUUGAGCAUAGAGAUUUUCAGGUGACCAGGUGUCACCUGAUGGAGCAGUGUCUUAGUUCAAUUACAGAGACAUUGGCAUAUGCAUCUGCAGUUGGGCAAAACUUGGAAGCACUACUCUGACGACAGUACUAUGCUUCACACUAUUCUGUGUGCUUUUGUUAAUUUUUUCUUGGUACAUAAGAAAAGUGUAUCAACUUACAGUGAUAGGUUGAUGGGAAUAAAGUGCAGUCUCAGUUUUCAAGUAAGACAAUAAAAACUGGCCAUCCCUCCAAUUACAAGUGAACACAUCUUGUUAAGAGAGUCUGUGCCUAUUGUAAAGAUUAACCAGUGCCAAAUGCAGAAGUCUUUUGGUCCUGUUCAAGCAGUAACUCCAGUGAAUUUAGGUAAAGAAGAUAAACAAUUGGAGAAUAUAGCCAAGUUUCACUACAACACUCUCCAAUAAGGAACUGCAUCACACAGAAGUGUGACACCGUCACAUCUAUACCACUCUUUGUUACAGCCAUGCAGUUAGGGGGAAGAGAGUUAUUGUGCUUUUUAAAAGCCCAACUUAAAGAAAUACUUUAGAUCUUUCAAGUUGCUCACCAAGUAUUUAUAUGCUUGCUACUUUUGUGACUGUGAAAUUACCUUUAACAUACCUGCAUCGUUAGUUUCAACAUGCACAACAAAUGUAGCCAAGCCACCCUGAAGUACCUCCUCAUGUUCAUUGACCUGCAGCUCUACAUUCAAUCUUCACACAAACCAAGAGUGUGGGUCUAGUUAUCCCUGAUAUUUAUCCCUAGGUGUGUGUGUUUUUUUAAAAUUAAGUAGACAACUUAAGAUUUCCUUGAGUGGAAAAAUACGUACCUCCAGUCUAGAUUGAGCCCUAAAUCAACAACCUUCACUUUUUCACUGUAGACUUCAUGCGGAUUCUUAAGUCCAUCCUGAGCCACUGCUUCUAGGUUUUUUUCUUGGGGAAAAAAAAAAAAUAGGGGGCAGUAAACUGUCACAAUUUCUAACUCAUCAUGUGACAGCAUGCAGUUUCUUUGUACUUCUCCAAAGACAGAAAUAGCUGUUGAUUUAAAAAAAAAAAAAAAAAAAAACCAAAGUGACACAUUGACACAUUCCAAUUUUUCUUUCACUGCCUAGUGUUUGAAGGCUUGCUGAGGUAUUUUCUUUUUCUCUGGUGUUCAUGGACAAGACUUACUCCAGCUGAUGCUAGUUCUGUGCCUUCUUCCACUGUCCUCAGCUCAGCAGCUCCAACCUACGUGGCCUUUUCAGGCCAGUGAAAGGCAUCUGGAGACUGCAUGAACACUGACUACUGAAUGGGGUAAAGGACCUUCUGCUCCCAAGGGCAGGACAGAUGGGUGCUUUUCAGAAUUCAUGACACCCUUAAUUUUUACUGUGGAGGUAAUCUCAAGUCCCUUAGUGCUUAAAGUGUGGGCGACAACCCUAAGCAGUGCAUCCUGUGCUCAGUGAAACAGCUAAUUGCAGUUCACAGGUGUUGGCCUGAAUACUGUUCGUAUUAAGUCUCCCCAGCUUGGUUUUUACUCCAGGUUUAAAUAUGCUUUCUCUUUAAUUACUGUAAUUCUCAUUUGGAAGAGGAAAAAAAUGUUUUUGCCCAGACAUCCACUUAACUGUAUAAUGAUUUUUUUUCCCCCCCAAAGUUUAUACUUUUUAACCUGAGAAAGAUGGCUGGAUCUUAAAGAUUACCAAAAAGACCUACUAUUUUCACUACACAAUUUGAAAUAAAAUAACAACAAUGGGGGUUUUUUGGUUGCUUUUGUUUUUUCAAGUCCCCCCAAAUCAAGGUGCUCCUAUCUGCUGAUGCCAUAUCUUACAAAGGGCUGAGAACUUGUUUUGGGUUUUCCUCUCUGUAUUGCACUUUAAUGUUAUAAAUAAUGUUGAGUUUGUCUACAAAGUUUAACAUUGUGAGGUCAUAGUAUUCCUAACAAGGUAACAACUCUAAGGUCAGGUUUCAGAAGUGGGGCAGUAGUAUGAAUCAGUUCAUCAGACUUCCAACAGAACAUGUUGUCACCUUUGCUACUCAAAUAAAACAGAGUUAUGCUACAAACACAAGGCAGUAUUUCAGCAAGUUAAAACCCAUUCCAAGCAUUCCCAUGUAUUGUUAGAACUAGCAUUAUAGCUGAUGUAAACCACAGAUUUUUAAUCCAGGUUAGGACAAUUAUAACAGUGCCCCGUAUGGUAUGAUGGCUUUUGAUAAAAACAGUUAUAAUUUUUGUUUACAUGGGAAAAUGGCUUUCUCUUUUAAAAAAAUUCAAAUUACAAAAACCUUUUGGAACUUUAAUUUUAACUUUAUAUUAUCUGUAAUAUGUGACCUCUCUCAAAGCUGACCCAAAGGGAAAAAUCAAGAGGAGGGGGAAUGACAAAAUGGAAAUCUUACCAUCUUUUAAGAUGGUCCUUUUAAAAUCCAAUGUGUCACACCUUUAACAUUCUAGCCAUCAAAAAUUAUAAGUGUUCAGUGCCCUUAAGAGUCUAUAUGUAAAAGAAACCUAAAAUUUAAGUGAAGACCUGCUCAAUAAAACAACAUACUUCAUACAUAAACAUGUGUUGGAGGGCAGGGGCUCUGGUUUGCUGUUUAGUAAAACUAUUUUAGAAAGCUAUCUGCUAUAAUCCCCAGUGCCUUGAACUCUUGAGAGGAAUAGCAUUUAAAAACAACAGAAACCACCAAGUGAACUUUGAGGUGCUAAUGAAAUAGAAGGCAGGUAAGUAUUUUUGAAGUUUGAGCAGAAAUGGAGCUGGGGUAGGUGGGGAAUGACUCCCUUGCAUUACAAGAGUUCUCAUCCACCUCAAUGGAGUCUGGGUGUUUUCUACCAAAGAUGUUUAGAGAAGUGGCUUGGGUCAGCACACUCCUACUUAAGAGCUGGCCAAAUGUGGAAGCAUGUUCAUGAGCUAUGAACUUCAAUCAAGUGCAUCAACUUCUUGGGAAGACAUGGCUACAGCACUCAAAGGAGAUAGGGAAUACAUUUUUAGAAACUAUCCAUUAUUAAAUUUGUUACAACUAAUACCAAAAACUGCCAUUUUUCAUAAUUCCACCUCCUACUUUUUCCCUGUAUUUGUAAAUAGCCCCUCCUAGAAAAUAAGCAUUAACUGGAAUGUUUGAAAUGACUUUGCUUAAUUUUAUUAUCAGCCACUAGUGAACUCUUCUUCCAGAAAUGCAUAAAGUAAAAUAGGACUAGCUUGUGCUAAGUGUUUUAAAAUACUGUUUACUCUUUUCAAAGAAUUGCACAUUAUCUUUAACUGGGGUUGUCUUCUCCUUUCCUUGUUUCUUUAAGAAAAACACACACACAGAAAUGGAGUCAAGGCUCACUGACUUGUAGAUGGGGGAAUUUUGUCAUAAAUAGAUAUAAUAUAGAAGAUACUUUUGUAAAGCAUGAAGAUAACAAACAGAUGCACCAGAAAGAGGACAUUAUCCAGAGGAUUAUGCACAGCUUGGUAAAGAUGAAGUUGUGGUUUUCUUCCAGCCUUUAUUAUUUUCUUCUGCAUAAAUGUACACUCAUUUCAUUAUGUGCCUUGCUCCCUGGUUGUGCAUAGCUAUAUAUACACACGAAUAUAUAUAUGUAUAUAUGAGAAAGAAAUAUAUUCAUUUAGUACUACUGACAAUGUUUUUGUUCUACUGCUGAAUUUAGUUAGUUUCCAAGUUACACUUGCCAUUUGUCAUAAACUAUUGUAAUGGCUUAGGACAGUGGCCAGAUAGUCAAAGUAAAUUUGUUUUUCUAGUUACAUAUUUUAUGUCACCUAGUCCAGUCCUUAAUUUAAAAAAUUAAAUAGAUUCCAUUUAAACACAAGGAUUUCAAGUGUUUUGGAUGAGUAUCACGAAGAAACUGGUUUUGUAGGGCUGGAGAGAUGAUUGGGUUGUUAAGAAUGCUUUCUGCUCUUCCAGAGGACAAGAGUUCAGUUUCAAGCACCCACGUUGGGCAACUCAAAACCGCCUAUAACUCCAGCUUCAAAGGAUCCAAUGUUCUCUUCUGGCCUCCAAAGGCACCUGAACACAUGUGGUAUACAUACACAUAAAUAAAAGUAAAUUCUUCAAAGAACCUGGUUUUAAAAGCUUGAUGUAUCAGGAUAAAUUGUUGUAGGUGAAUUAACUACAGUUCAGUGUGUUUUCUUAUUUAUACCAACAGACUGGAAAUCAUUAAGUAUUACUAAUUAGGAAGUGAUUAAAGACUCAGGUUGCGGACAGGAAAGAACCAAUUCCCACAAUUCUAUUUUAAAAGUACCAAUAGCUUUUAUGGAUGAUUUUGUUUUGUAGAUUAAAAGUAUAUUUUUAUUAGUUGGGUGGUGGUAGGCAUAUGCAUUUAAUCCCAGCACUUGGGAGGCAGAGACAGAUAGAUGGAUCUCUCUCGAGUUCGAAGCCAGCCUAGUCUACUGAUGAAAGAGUUCCAGGACAGUCAGGGAUACACAGAGAAACCUUUAGAAACCACGUGCACCCCACACAAACCACAUGUGUGUAAAAGCCUUCAUUAGUGUUUGAACUAGAACUACAGCUACAGAAUGCUCUGAACCAGCAUGUGGGUCUUGGAAACCAAACCUAGGUUCUCUAAGUGCUGUCAACUGUUGAGUCAUUUCUCUAGCCCCUGAUCAAUUUUGUUUAAAUAAAAUAAAGUACAACUGGGUAAAAACUAGUGCCAAAAAGCCCCCCACACCCUGUAAUGAUUGGAAGUACAACUAUGUACUGGGACUGCCACAUCAAGUGGAUAUGUUUUAGUUACAGAUUACACAAAUCGCCUCACCAUUGAUCAUCAAAUUAUAAUAAAAGUUACUUACCAUCUGUCA